AUGGGAAUACCUUGCACAAAACAAUAACCCAAACCUACAAUUUUAACUGUUCAUCAAUCUAAUGACUUUUAACUUCUACUAGCUCAGCCUCCUCAUGUGUAACAAGAACCAGAGGAGGAGAUUUAAGAAGCCAAAUAAACGAAAAUCGAUGUUGCCUAAAACUCGAUAGACUUAAAUAAGAAACGCUAUUCAAGUAAGGAUGUUUCGGUCAUUUCUAAAUACAUCGAGAACGAGUUAAGUAUUUAAAUUGAAUAAUGAAAGAGAAUCAAUCAAUUAAAAUUGAAAGACUCACGAUUGAUAUGAGGGAUGCUUCUGCCAGUGGCAAGGGGGGAGGCUUUGCUUAACGUAAGGAGAUAUCAGUAGAAUAAUUUAACGAUGAGGAGAGUAACAUCUGUAAUACGGUGUACACCAAUCCAAAAUAUAAACGCCUUAAGAGCAUGAAUGAGCAUUCUAUGAUCUUAUUACAUUUGAAUGAAAAUAAAUAAUAUUCGGAAUUACUUUAUAGAGUGAUUAACGAUUAUCAUUUUAGAAUUGAACACGAAUCUGAGUUUAAUGACAUUUUGAUGAGAUCUCAAGAUAGUUUUCUCUAAAAUCUGUUAAUUUCAGAGAAGUACAUCAAUGAAUACGGAAUCUUUCACAUAUUUCGGGAAACAAUCAAAUUCAGUAAACUUGAUUUGAUAUUACAGAACGAUUUCACCUUGAAUUCGACUUAACUUCAUUACAAUAAAUGUACCUUUAUCUCCUAUAUUCCCUUAGUGUUUGUGGAAAUCAGCUACUUUCCUCUGCUCCUUGCCACCUCACAUAUAAGCAUGUUCUGUCUAUAUUUUACCUAAGAGAAUGUUCAAUUUAAAAAUUUGACGAAUUCAAACUUCGAAUUAAUGAAUUUUUUAAAUUAAAUUAAGCAAUUACUCAAAAUUAAAGUAAAUUUUAAUGUACACACUAUAGAUUUCAAUUUUGUCCAUAUGCGAAUAGAACAAUCAUAUCAUAUUAACCAUUGUGAUGGACCAAAACUCAAUGAGAGACAGCCAAAUCAUAUCCCACAUAAAUAGUUCCCUGAAUCAACAAUUUGGAUUCAUCAAGUGCUCAACAUAACCAUUGGUCAAGUACAUAGGAUGUGAACUAACCGACAUAGACGCUUGGAACAAUAGGGAAUUCAAAGAGGACACCAAGACUGAUAGUCAAUUUUCGUCUUAGUUUGGUUGGAAGUAUCAUAUCCUUUCUACUAAAAUUAAGAUUAUUCGGUUUGAAUAUUAAAUAAGUGAACCUCAAGAACAUAGGAUACAUCUAUUACAAUUUGAAUCAGAAUUACUUUGAGGAUGUAAGGAUCUACUCAUUGAGUGAAGUCAAUCGAUACCAGGCCGAAUUUGAAACGAUAGAGAUCAAAGUCUACUGCGAGAAGAAGUACUACAAGAUGCUCUUCUAAAUCACGUAUAAUGAUGAAGACAUGGUGAUUAAGAAGAAUUAAGUAUGAUAUGUAUCAUUCUUUAGACAUAUCUGAGUACGUUAAUAAAUUCGAGACUCACGGGAAUAAUGGUUUAUGAUGCUGAGAGGUAGAUGAAAUAUUGA